AUGUGCGACAAUUGCAAAUGUGGAUCUUCUUGUCAAUGCGGUGCUAAUUGCACUUGCGAGAGAAACACUACUCAACAACAUUUAGUGAAUACUCAAAAUGAAACUGACCCUUCUUGCGGUGUUAGUACCUGCAACUGUGGAAGUACUUGCUCUUGUACCCAAGAAUCUUGUAAAUGUUAA